AUGAGAAAUAUUAGCACUGUUACUAGAAAUGCAAAGUUAUUCAUUUCACGAUCUCAAAAUAUUUACGAGAAUUUGGCAUUCGAAGAGUGGUUGCUGCGAAACUUCAAACCUGAAGAAGCUGAUGAAUCAGUAUUCUUAUGGAGUAACAAACCAGCAGUAGUCAUUGGGCGACAUCAAAAUCCAUGGCUCGAAACGGAUUUGAAUUAUCUGAAACAUAAUAAUAUUGACUUGGCUCGACGUCAUAGUGGAGGAGGCGCUGUUUACCAUGAUUUAGGCAAUCUUAAUAUUUCUAUCUUAACAUCACAACGACGACAUGAUAGAAAGGGGAAUCUGCGUAAGAUAGCUGAAUUACUGAGUAAAGAAUUUCAUAUCAAGGUAGAACCUAAUGUUCGUGACGAUCUACUGUUGCAGCCAGGACAACGGAAAAUCUCAGGAACAGCAGCACGAAUUAUUCGUGGAGUAGCAUAUCACCAUCUGACAUUACUCAUAAAUGUCGAUAUAGAUAUUCUAAAACGUUCUUUAUCAUCUCCUUUUAGUGAAAAGCUGUUAACAAGUGCUACUCGAAGUAUUCGAGCGCAGGCGGUUGGGUAUCUAGCGCAAGAUAUCCCUAGAAUUAGCGUUGAAGAAGUACAGAACGUUCUCGUGCGUUCUUUGCAAGACCAAUAUCUAACUACCGACAUAGUUACAAUACCAAACGUGAUAGCGGAUGAGCAGUUCCCGGGUGUAUUGGAAAAUUUAAAAGAGUUAAAAAGUUGGGAAUGGAUUUAUGGAAGAACACCACAGUUCACCUUAUCACUAUAUGAUGAACAAAUACAAGUCGAACAUGGUUCAAUCACGCGAAGCUUACGGGAUCAAAACUUGAUUGGUAAACGGCUUCAAGAUGACGUGAUGCAGACUUAUCUAGGUUUCAAUGUUCAUCGUUUUUUGGGGAUUAAUGGGGCAAAAUAUCUUGCUGACCUGAAAGCUUACUUAUCUGAAGUCCCUAAAGGUUAUGAUCCAAAGAUUAUCGUUAUUCAGACAACCGUCGUUUUCGCUCUUUUUACUGCUUUAGUUUAUCCUUUCUACUCAUAUUUAAAUGGUGUCUAUGUUUAA